AUGGUUGAGAUCUUUGAUCCAACAUAUACAAGAAGCCAGCGGAGUAUCUACAAAGAAAGAGCCAACAACAUAUACGAAGACAAUUCUGCAUGUGUCACUCAACUCAAAGAAGGCUACAAAGAGCGACAGGACAAAACACAUCCCUCCAAGAUUUUUCUCUACACUCAAGAACUUGAGAAGAAUCAAGAAGUGGAUAUUCAGUAUGUUCGCUCAAGUGACAAUGCACUGAUCUCUUCACAAAGGCGUUCCUACAAAGUGUUCAAGAAGCACGUUCAAGUAUUGGAAUGCGUCGUCUUCAAGAUUUGUGAAGAGAAGAAUAUAUCCAUUUUUCAGGGGAGUUUGCUUCGUGGUACUCUUUUUCCUUCUCAUGGUUUUUAUCCCAAUGGGUUUUUCCAUGAUAAGGUUUUAAUGAGGCCGCAUGCAACUUCACAAUAA